AUGAGGGAGACAAUCUACCCACGCAAAGCCUAUGGUCUCCUACUGUUCACAGGCAUACUUUCCGUUUACCUUUUGUACAGGCUGUAUCGGAAAGCUCUGCCAAAGCCUAUCCCCGGCAUCCCGUACAACCCAAAAGCUCUCGGCCGCAUCCUCGGUGACCUACCAGAGCUCGCCAGCGAGGUUUUGAAGACGGGCGACCUAGCUACUUGGUUGCAAUCCCAGGCGGACCAGCACGACUCUCCAGUAUGCCAGAUUUUCCUUCGUCCCAUGUCGCCGCCCGUGGUGAUAUUGAGCGACUUCCGCGAGAUGCAGGAUCUCUGCAUGCGGCGGAAGGAGUUCGAUCGCGGACGAAUCAUCAAAAACAUUUUUAAAGGCCCUACGCCAAACCACCAAAUUACUCUGGAACUCGGGGACGAGUGGAAAGCGCACCGACGAUUGUUGCAGGAUCUUAUGUCGCCCCCCUUUUUGCAAGACGUCGCGGCACCGGCUAUCUACUCGAACGUGACGAAUCUGAUCGACCUUUGGCAGUAUAAGACGCGUAUAGCUGACGGUAGGCCGUUUGAUGUGUCCGAAGAUAUCUUCUACGCAGCUUUGGAUGCCGUUACAGCCUUCUCGUUCGGCGGGGACUUCCCACACAACGCUACCAAACCUGUAGCAGAUCUUAUUCGAGGCCUCGAUAGCACCGAACUGAGCGAAUUGCGUGCAUCCGGGACCAUCGAUGAUCCGAUGAAAUUCCCUUCAGUGGAUUGUGACGAGGUGCUAUCGACCAUCCUUGACGUCACUAUCGCCAUCGAACGAUUACACGGCUCGCCCUGGCCUGUCUUGAAAUGGAAGGUCAUAGAAAAGUUUCCGCCAGUCAGCCGGACGAUGAAGCUCAAGAACGAGUUCAUUGUUAGGGAACUGAAUAAAGCGACGUCCAGGCAGUUGGCUAAUAGCGAUAACGACACAUGGAUGCGGUCGGCUGUGGAUCUAAUGGUGCAAAGAGAAAAGAAGAUAGCUCAAGAUGACGAAAGGGUUCCUGACUUCCUUUCGCCUACAAUGAGAGAUGAGUUAUUCGGAAUCCUUACCGGAGGUCACGAUACAACCAGCACGACGGUGUUAUGGGGUCUCAAGCUGUUAGCAGACCACUCAACGAUCCAGUCGAGGCUCCGCACCUGUAUGGAGUCAAGAUACAGUGAAGCAUCAAAAGAAGCCAGAACACCCUCUGUCCAAGAGAUUAUGCAGAUCAAUGUUCCCUACCUUGACGCCACAAUGGAGGAGAUUCUCCGUUGCUCCGGUACUGCACCAUUGGUAGAGCGAGAAGCUCUUUGCGAUACUGUUCUGCUCGGGUAUCCCAUUCCGAAAGGUACCCAGAUCUUCUGUCUCACACAGGGGUCCAGUCUUCGGAAACCGGCGUACGAGAUUGACGAGACGAGGCGGAACGAGACGUGUCGAAUUGCGGUAAAAAAUAGAGGAAGGGUCCCGGAAUGGGAUUCCGCCGACAUUGCUGACUUCAAGCCUGAGCGGUGGCUCACUUGCGCAGGCCAAUCAGAGAAGGACCAAUCUAAUGGCAUACUGACAGACGAAGGCAGGAUGAUGGUGUUUGACUCUACAGCUGGACCUCACAUUGCCUUUGGUCAGGGCAGGCGGAGUUGCUUCGGGAGGAGGCUUGCGUACGUGGAGCUGCGGAUCCUCGUGAGUUUGAUUGUGUGGAAUUUUGAGAUACUCAGGUGUCCGGAGGCACUUUGGGGGUAUGAGGGCAAGGAUGUUGUCACGCAUAAGCCGAUCAAGAAUUAUGUGCGGUUGCGGAAGGCUCAGAGGUGA